AGCAAGGAAUCCAGCGUCAGCGAUUUGAUACAACACAGAACAUUACGUUUUUUAGUACUGCAAAAUGGUACCAAUCUCAUCCUGCAGACCAAUCCGGUGUGAAUGUAAUCCUCAGUUUCCUACUACGAUUGGACCGAUCCUGCACUGAGUUGCCCACACAGCAAGCAAAUCGCCCAGGAAUGUCCGACCAACGGGACGGGGACAACCAUUGCGAUGAACUGUUGCAGAAGCCCAACGACGUUUGUACAAUCUCCGUGGUCGUUCCAAGAAAAGUUAGUGUGAAGGAAAAAGUGACAAGCUGGUUUCAUUCGAAGGCUUUUCAGCUGUCAGUUGUGGUGCUAUGCUGCUUAGAUGGUAUUAUCGUGAUCUGCGUUUUGCUCCUGGAAAUCGAGGUGCUGAAACUCAAGUCUGGGCAGCUGCGUUCACAGUUGAUCAGCGCUCAAUUCCUGCUGGAAUGUUCAAGCAUAAUUAUUGUCUCCCUGUUCAUCUUGGAAAUACCGCUGAAAUUGGGGCUUUUUGGCUACAAAUUCUUUUGUAAUCACUGGUUGGAAUUGAUUGACGCCUUCGUGUGCAUCGUCAGUUUUGCUGUGGAUGUGUACAACAUUGCACGCCAUGUCCAACACGGAAAAGGAGUGAUGUCCACACUCAAUCAAGCAGACGCUCCGUACGAGACAGCGACGUCACAUGAACAAAGCACUGGUUUUUCCCAGCGACAUGACGGAUCAUCGUCAAAGAACACACUGGCAGAUGCGGCAGGGUUACUGGUUUUGUUCCGCCUCUGGAGAGUUGUUCGGAUAGUGAACGCGAUCAUCGUGUCCGUUACCACUUCCCAAGAACGAACCGUCAAAAACCUUCGAGAGACUGUUAAGCAGGUGCAAGAAAGAGUUACUCAACUUGAAUCGAUUCUACUGGCCAAUCACCUGGAGCUCCCCACAACUCCAAUAAUUGUUGCUCGCAAGUGAGCGAGUGGUAUUGAGAGGCGUCGAACACAGGACCGGGUCCAGCAAGCAAGAACUGUCACGACGUAGCGGCAAACUCAUCAUUACACGACGAUUCCAUCCAACGCAUUUAGUGACCAUGAGUAUGGUGUUUUGCAUCCCUGUGCGUGUAACAAUGUACCCCUGGUAAAUGACCUAAGGUUUACUCUUUUAAUUCGUAUCACGCACCUUAUUUUACCCGGCAACGCUACCAUUGCUGUCGACACGAUUAACAAAACCCACGUGACAACUGACUUUUUUAAAUUUAAUUUGUUGCGCCUAGGUCAGUUUGUUGGAAGCACGUAUAUCACCUUAACAACCAUGCGCCCGCAUCUUCCUUCCAAUUUCAAUACCUAAAAUCGCCUCUUUGCCAAAUUAAUUCUGUUGUACGCGCAAAAUUUUCUUUUCCCUUGGAUGCUAAACUCACCCGUAACUGCCACGCUUGACGCCGGAGGCAAUUCAGCGGUUGUUUUACAAUCAAAUUCUCAAUAAAUGCGCACGUCCGC